AUGAACGACAGCCGUUUGGCCCCAGACGAAGACGUGGACUACGGGGUGGCCCCGGAGGACGUCCCGGACACCACGCGGGGCCCCGCCUUUUUGGCGGCCAGCGUGGUGAUCGCGGCGGUCCUGUUGUGCAUCAUGGCGGUGUGCGGCGUGGGCAACUGCGCCUUCAUCGCCGGGCUGGUGCGCCACAGGAAGCUGCGCAGCCUGACCAACCUGCUAAUGGCCAACCUGGCGCUGUCCGACGUGUUGGUGGCGGCGCUGUGCUGCCCCCUGCUGCUGGACUACUACGUCCUCAAGCGGCUGUCCUGGGACCACGGCCUCCUCAUGUGCGGCGCCGUCAACUACCUGCGCACGCUCUCGCUCCACGUGUCCACCAACGCCCUGCUGGCCAUCGCCGUGGACAGGUACCUGGCCAUCGUGCACCCUCUGAGACCUCGCAUGAAGCGCCAGACGGCGUAUUGCGUCAUGGCCGCCGUCUGGGCGCUGCCCAUCCUGAUCGCCAUCCCCUCGGCCGUCAUGUCGUCAGAGACCCCCUACCCCAGCCUGGGGGUCGGGGCCUCCAAGACCUUCUGCGCCCAGAUCUGGCCGGCGGAGCGGCAGGCGUGGUACCGCUCCUACUUCCUGCUGGUGUUGGCGGUAGAGUUCCUGGGCCCGGUGGGCGUCAUGGCCGUCUGCUACGUGCGCAUCUCCGCCGAGUUGUGGUUCAAAGACCUUCCGGGCUUCCAGACCCAGCAGAUCCGUAAACGUCUGCGUAAGCGGCGCAGGACGGUAGUGGUUCUGAUCCUGGUCCUGGUGGCCUACGUGCUGUGCUGGACUCCGUACUACAGCUUCGCCCUGCUGCGGGACUUCUACCCCAGCCUCAUCUCGGGAGACAGGAACUCCCUGCUGGUCUUCUACGUCAUCGAGUGCGUGGCCAUGAGCAACGGCGUCAUCAACACGCUGUGCUUCGUCGGCGUCAGACGCCGCGCCCAAAGACCCCGCGGGCCGCCCCGCUUCCCGCUGGUCCCCUUCCUGGCCCGCAAGUCCACGGACUUGGCAGAGGCUCGCACUUCCUCGCUCAGAGUGACCGAGGACGCGGGGGGAGUCCAUUCCGUCUAGGACUCCAGCUACUGAUCUUAACAAAGUCCAGAGGUCUCCACGCCGUUCUGGACUCGAACCAACUGAGACCAGACUGCCCGUCUCCAUGGCGACCAAGCCGAGGUCUUCAUGGGACUCUCUCAGAACUUUUUAGGUCUUUGGACCCGCCCCAGUCCACUCAGGUGGACCACACGGAGGUGGUCCUCGUGAGGUCCAGGUGUCAUCUAAUGCUAGCAUUAGCCUCGUCAAGGUGACGCUGAAGGUCAUGAGAGCAAGUGGGCGGGGCUUUACACAGAAAUGAUGAUACAACUGCCAGCCGACCAACUCGCCAUCACUGGGUGGUCUCUUAGUCGGUGGGGAUCAAUACCACCGCUGAUCAAUCAAUACUAUCAAUGACAUAUCAAAGUACCGAUGAUGAUCACUGAUCAAUCAGUAGUAUCAAUAACAGAUCAACAGUAUCACCGAUCAAUCAGUAGCGUUAUUAAUGACGGAUCAAAGUACCAAUGACGAUCUAUACCAUCACUAAUCAAUCAGUAGUGUCACUGAUCAAUCAGUAUUAUGACCAAUCAAUACUAUCACUGACCUAUCAAUAACAGAUCAAUCAUACCAACAAACAAUUAAUAGUGUCAAUGACGGAUUAAUACUAUCAAGAAUCAAUAUUAUCCAUGUAAUCAUCAUUUCAUUAAGGAAUCAUUAAUAUUAAUGACUUUGGAUGACAGAGCAAUAAUAUCCUGUCAAUGUUCAUCACUUCCUGUCAAUGUUCAUCACUUCCUCUCAAUGUUUAAUUAGUCAUCCAUCACUUCCUGUCAAUGUUCAAUUAGUCAUCCAUCACUUCCUGUCAAUGUUUAAUUGGUCGCCCAUCACUUCUUGUCAAUGUUAAAUAAGUCAUCCAUCACUUCCUGUCAAUGUUCAAUAAGUCGUCCAUCUCUUCCUGUCAUUGUUCAAUUAGUCUUCCAUCACUUCCUGUCAAUAAUCAAUUAGUCGUCCAUCCCUUCCUGUCAAUGUUCAAUUAGUCUUCCAUCACUUCCUGUCAAUAAUCAAUUAGUCGUCCAUCACUUCCUGUCAAUGUUCAAUUAGUUGUCCAUCACUUCCUGUCAAUAUUCAAUUAGACAUCCAUCACUUCCUUUCAAUGUUCAAUUAGUCGUCCAUCAUCUCCUGUCAAUGUUCAAUUAGUCUUCCAUCACUUCCUGUCAAUGUUCAAUUAGUCGUCUAUCACUUCCUGUCAAUUUUCAAUUAGUCGUCCAUCACUUCCUGUCAAUAUUCAAUUAGUCGUCCAUCACUUCCUGUCAAUGUUCAAUUAGUCAUCCAUCACUUCCUGUCAAUGUUCAAUUGGUCGCCCAUCACUUCUUGUCAAUGUUCAAUAAGUCAUCCAUCACUUCCUGUCAAUGUUCAAUAAGUCGUCCAUCUCUUCCUGUCAUUCUUCAAUUAGUCUUCCAUCACUUCCUGUCAAUAAUCAAUUAGUCGUCCAUCCCAUCCUGUCAAUGUUCAAUUAGUCUUCCAUCACUUCCUGUCAAUAAUCAAUUAGUCGUCCAUCACUUCCUGUCAAUGGUCAAUUAGUUGUCCAUCACUUCCUGUCAAUAUUCAAUUAGACAUCCAUCACUUCCUUUCAAUGUUCAAUUAGUCGUCCAUCAUCUCCUGUCAAUAUUCAAUUAGUCUUCCAUCACUUCCUGUCAAUGUUCAAUUAGUCGUCUAUCACUUCCUGUCAAUGUUCAAUUAGUCGUCCAUCACUUCCUGUCAAUAUUCAAUUAGUCGUCCAUCACUUCCUGUCAAUAUUCAAUUAGUCGUCUAUCACUUCCUGUCAAUGUUCAAUUAGUCGUCCAUCACUUCCUGUCAAUGUUCAAUUGGUCGCCCAUCACUUCUUGUCAAUGUUCAAUAAGUCAUCCAUCACUUCCUGUCAAUGUUCAAUAAGUCGUCCAUCUCUUCCUGUCAUUGUUCAAUUAGUCUUCCAUCACUUCCUGUCAAUAAUCAAUUAGUCGUCCAUCCCAUCCUGUCAAUGUUCAAUUAGUCUUCCAUCACUUCCUGUCAAUAAUCAAUUAGUCGUCCAUCACUUCCUGUCAAUGGUCAAUUAGUUGUCCAUCACUUCCUGUCAAUAUUCAAUUAGACAUCCAUCACUUCCUUUCAAUGUUCAAUUAGUCGUCCAUCAUCUCCUGUCAAUGUUCAAUUAGUCUUCCAUCACUUCCUGUCAAUGUUCAAUUAGUCGUCUAUCACUUCCUGUCAAUGUUCAAUUAGUCGUCCAUCACUUCCUGUCAAUAUUCAAUUAGUCGUCCAUCACUUCCUGUCAAUAUUCAAUUAGUCAUCCAUCACUUCCUGUCAGUAUUCCUUUAAUGCUGACAGAAAAAUGUAAGCUAACAUGAGCCACAGCAUUAGGUACACCUCUUUAACUGCAUGACGACAGACAAACGGUCCAUUUUUUAUUUCAUUUUCAGUGCAGCACUUUGUGUUUGCCACUUGUCUGUCUCAACAUUUCAUUUGAUGACAACAUUACAAACAUCUUCAUCCAGGCAAACUUCCUGUACUUAGAGCUUUUAUUUUGUGUGCAAUGUACAUUUUUGCAUGUACUACACGUGACGACAGCACCUGGUUCCAAACACAAGAGCUUUGAUACUUUAAGCCCAUUGAAAGAUCAUUGCUUUGUUGUGUGUGUGUGUCAUUAUCAUCUAAUUUGCAUAAUUGGCCAGGAGCGUGUGCAUGUCAUUUUCGUGGUUGCCCUGGGAGACAGAAAGUGAGCAAUAAACUUGACAAGCAAAAUGAAUAUUUUCAGAGCACUAA